AUGAAGUUCAUCUAUAUUAUUGCGCUCCUAACGCCAGCCAUCUUCGCCGCUAAGCAGUCUAUGGAGGCGGAAGAUAUUGCUAAAGUAGAUGCUCUUGAACAACUGAUUAAGAAAUCUUGCCCCGAGUUGUCUCCUCAGUGCCUUGCCAUAGCGCAAAACCUCCUCAACCGUGCAAAGAAGAACGGUGCGGGCUUACACGGAGCUGCCGGCGCGGCUGCUAUGAAGUAUACUGAAAAUAUUGCUGCCAAUCUGAAUUGUGUUCAAGGCCUCAAGGCGUGUGCCAAGAAGAUUGCCCCUGCCUUUGCCGCCGCGCAUGGUCCGGCUCAUCCAAUGUAA